AUGGCCUGCCCAUACGGCUAUGGAUCAUCGGAAGCAACGACAGCUAUGCUCGUCGACCUGAAGAAGGAACAUCCAGAAGAGGAACAACCACACGGACAGGAUGGUGUCAACAAAGUGGCCCUCGGAAUGGGCGCCACCUACGGUGAAUACCUACAACUUGGAAAGCUCCUCUCAUGUCAAAGAAUGCAGUCCACCGAAAGCGGGCAUCAAGUUAAUGAUGAGCAUCUAUUUAUUGUUAUUCACCAGGCUUACGAGCUUUGGUUCAAGCAAAUCAUCUUCGACAUCGACAUCGUCAGAAGCCACUUGAAUAACACGGUGGUCGACGAGACCAAAACCCUCCGAAUCGUCUCCGGAUUGGAGCGUACUGUGCGUAUCCUGAAGCUCCUCGCCGACCAGAUGCACAUUUUGGAAACGAUGAGCCCGCUAGAUUUUGUAGAAUUUAGGAAAUAUCUCACACCCGCUUCCGGGUUCCAGUCUCUGCAGUUUCGCUUGUUAGAAAAUAAACUGGGUGUACUGCCACAACGCCGCAUCCGCUACAACGCCCAAAACUAUAGGAAUGUUUUCGCGGAUUCGAGCGAUUUGGAGGAGUUGAGGAAGAGUGAGGAGGAGCCGUCACUGCUCCGGCUUUUUGAGAGCUGGUUGGAGCGCACUCCCGGCUUGAAAGGGCCUGAUGGGUGUGAAGAGGAGGGCUUCUGGCCUCAGUAUGAGCAGGCGGUUGAUCGUUUUUUGAGCGAUUUGAAGGCUGAUGCUCAGAAUCCCGAGCACCCACAGCAAAUUCAAGAUCAGUUGAUGGCCGAAUACCACAAGACCGCCGAUUCUUUCAAUUCGAUUCUUGACGUGGAGCGCCACAAUCAGCAGCGGAAGUGCAUGGAACGUGUACUUUCCCAUGAAGCAUUGAAGGGAGCUCUGAUGAUUUAUUUCUAUCGUGAGAUGCCGCGCUUCUCGCAGCCCUACCAGAUUUUGACGUAUUUGAUGGAUAUCGAUUCGCUGUUUACGAAAUGGCGCUACAACCACGUAAUGCUCGUACAGCGUAUGUUGGGAAGUAAGCAGGGUACUGGAGGUUCUUCUGGAUUCUUGUAUCUACGUUCUACUGUCAGUGACAAAUACAAGGUGUUUAUCGAUCUGUUCAACUUGUCAACGUGGUUAAUUCCGAGGCAGUAUAUUCCAUUGUUGUCAGCUAGAAUGGUAAAAACCCUGUUCGAACAUUCCUACCUAAAUGGCGCUGGCUCAGCUACAGAAGGAUCAGAAGACGAAGACCCAUGCACCGUUGCCAAA